CGAAGAUGGGGGGGGGGCAUGACGGGUAUUUUUUUUUCAAGAUGGCGGCAGCUGGUGUUGGAAAGGUUCUGAAUGGUACAGACAAAGCAGGUAAAGAUAAGGAUGUCUGGGUGUGGAAAACCAGGACUGAGAAGGCCAGGAAGACAGAGGUGCUGAGAGAGAUCGACCAACUGGAGCUGAAAAUCAAGAACUUAGAGCGAGAGAAGACCACCCAUCUGUACAGUAAACGCUCAGACUUCAGACAGCAGUUUUGUGAGCUGGAAGAGCUGGAGAUGAAGGGCAAUACAAAUAGGAAAACAGAAAAGGUAAAACUUAGGCAACAGCUGGACAAAAUGAGAGGAAUGGUGAAAAAGUUUCACAUACAGCUGAAGGAUGUCAAGCCCACUCCAGAAUUUUUGGAAAAGUUAAAGGUGACAAUGGAAGAAAUAGAAACCACCAUCAGUGCAUUUAAGGACCAACGUAGAGUGGACUAUGAGGAGUUACUGAGAGAUGAGAGGACGUUGACCCAAGAGGUCACUGCCCUGGAGAAGAAGAUUGAUGCCUGGGCACAGGGUCCCGCUGGGGUUGCUAUGGAAACCAAAGGUGCUAAAGCCAAAAAUUUGUCCCUCAAGAACAACGUCAUGAAGGAUCUCCCACCAGAAGUUGCUGCAUUUGAGAGAUUCUUGGCUCAAACUGGUGGACAUCAAGGUGGAUGGGAUGACUAUGAUCACCAGGCAUUCCUCAAAACUAGGAGCAAGUUCAGGGGUAAGGCUGCAUUUCUAGAUGAAGCUGUGCAUGCCUGCCCUGGGAGGACUAUAGGAGAUGUAAGACAGCACGAGAGUUGGUACCAGGAGUAUACAACUCUCAAGGAAAGAAAGAAGGAAGCCAUAGCCAACUGGAGAAAACAGAAAGAGUCAGAAAAAGAGGAGCUUCUGAAACAGGCUGAUGAGGACAGUAGCAGUGAUGAUGAGGAGAUGCUGACAGCCAGGAGCAAACAGAUGGAGCAGGAGAGAGAAGAGAAGAAGAAACGACUCAAUGCCUGGAAGGUACAGAAAGAGCUACAACGAGCCCAAGAGGAGGAAAGAAAAUUGAAGGAAGAACUUUCUAAAGCUAAGCAUCAAGAGAAGGAAAGAGAGAGACAGGCUGCUGUGAGAGCCCAGGUGGAGCAGUACAGGAGGCAGAGACAGGAGGAGGAGGAAGUACUGAGAAGGGAGCAGGAGGAGCAAUAUAGGCAGGACAGAGCCAGGAAACAGAUGGCAGUAGCAGAGGAAAUGUCUAGGUUUCAGGAAAGGGACCAGAAAAUGGUAGAGGAGAAACUGGCUAAAGAGAGAGCAAGAGAAGAAGCUGUAAAAGAGAAGAACAAAAGGCUGGAAAAGCUGAAGGGUCAGGUGGAAGUAAAGGUUGAGAGAGACCUCAGCAGACUGUACAAGCCAACUGCACUGUGGAAACAGAGAAACAAGGAGAUUGGUGCCACUGGAGGGGGAAGAGUGUUGCACAUGACUCACAGAGCUGUCCCCAACUGGAGACAAGGUGUAUAACUUCAUGCUGCAAGCAAGAACAUCACAUCAUGAUCAAGUUACAGUGCUACACACCUGAUUAGCAAGAUACCAUUGGGAUAAACAUGCAUACUCUCCAAGCAGAGGUUUCGGUGUGUGUGUGGGGGGGUGUUUUUUUGUGGCCCUUUCUACAACUCUAUGUUUCUCAAGUAGUGUCAUCCAUGAUUUCUUUCAUUUCCCACAAUCUAUAAUUGAAAGAAAUUGCUACAACUAGUACUAGGGAAACUGACCAAAAUCUCUUCUAACAGAGUAAAGCAUGCAGACAUGCAAGGAAACAUUUGCUGCAAUACUUAGUCUAGCAGAUUAUUCCUGUCAAUCUUUUACAUCCAAUUCUUGAGUCAGCUUCAUUUAGUUUUAGUUGUUUAUGAUGACUAAAGGUCUGUAGAUAGACAAAAUAUAUGCUGAUAACAGCUGUCAUAAACAUCAUUGUAGACAAACAUUUGAUCUCAGGAAGUUGAACAUGUUUGUAUGAAUAUUGUGCAAUAAAAAUAUACAUGUACAUAUAUCUGUAAAUAUUGGGUGAACCAUUGUUUUUCAUAGAAUUAGGCUACAGAGCAAUAUUGCUAAUAUACAUGCCAAUGGAAUCUGUAUCAGACCAGAUUUUUUAGUCACGUUAAUCUAAGUAAAUGUUUGAGCACAUUUUGAGUCCAGCAAGUCUUUUAUUAUCAUGUAUGGCUAUGGUUGAGGAUUAUCAUAUGGUGCAGAUUCAUUUUGUUUUGUCAACCUAAGAUGUGGAAAUACAUGCCCUGGUGUAUGAACAUUUUUCAUUAUGUGAUUUUGACAAUAAUUUGUUAGGAUGUUUUGUGAAAACAUUUUAUUAAAGCUAUGAAUGACUUGGAAAAAGUACGUUGGUAUAGAAAAUAUGCUUACAGCUAUAUACAGUUUUUGGAUGUUUUGCAACGUGAAAUGGAGCUGCUUUGUAAAAACAUUUGUAACCACAAACCCCCAGACGUCAAAGUAAAAUUGAUCGGUGCACUUGUGAAAACAUUUGUCUUUCUGUAGAAGGGACAUGUCCACAGAUAGAGAGCGAUUAUGUGAGGCUUUGAAUGUCAAACCAUCCGUAGUUCAUACACAAGAGAAGCAUAGAGGCAGCGUCGUCUAAAGUGUGUGUGAUUUAAGAUUGAACUUCCAAGAUAAGAAUACAUC